AACGUUCCUUGCUUGCGGUUGUGGCGUCUGUUUUCGAAUCAUUGUAGUCGUGAUUAAUUUUUAAAGUUCUGUGUCCUGGACAGCCUAAUGUUCUUAGAUUUAAUUCGCACUGUAGGCAAGCUGUAGGAGGCAAUUGACGUUCAUGUCGUGCAUUUUUGUAUGAAAUGAAGUUAACGUUAUAGGUUACGUGCUUCUGGGGCGUGCUCGUGGAACGCGGGGCUGCAGUUCACGCGCUUGCUGUGCUCGUGCGAACGGCAGCAGUUGAAACCUCCAACGAUUUUGCAAGGUGAUGCAGGCUUCCACUCCUCUGUCUGAAGGCCGUGCUUCUUCAUCACUUCCAGGUGAUCGACCAAGGUCAUCCAAAACCUAUCAUGGCUUUAAGAAAAUGAGUUCUUUGUCAAGUUUGCAACAUCCGUUCAAGUAUUGGACACCUGGCGAAAGGGACAGGCCAGCAGAUGAUGCACGUGCUGGCUCACGACUUGGCCUCUUGAAGAAGACGCCAUCCUCAUUUAGGUCCCCGUCAUCUUUCGACUCAAAGAUGAGGACUAGCCCAGAAAAGAGCACACCUAGCAUUUCUGGAUCUCAGAUGGCAUUAGCUGCAGGAGACUCUGCCAAUGUCCAAUCAAAGACUCCGGAGCCACCUUCUCCAGUUAACCCACCUUCACAGUCCAGUCUGCAGUGGCUGCGGGGUUCUCUGGAAAAAAAUUCAGCCAGCCUGUCUGGCCUGAAGGCUUCUUUUGCGGCUGUUGCUAGCUUCACACCUCAGCCAUCACCUGUUUCAGUCGUUGGAACAUGCGCUUCCACUACUGGAUCCAAGCUUUCAAGUCAUUCAAGUAAAUGGGGCUCUAAAGGUACUGGACAAGGAUUUUCUUCAAAGAACAUAACGACUCCCCCAUUAUUUCGCAAAUGCAAGAAAAAUCCACAACUUUUCAGUCAGCGAUUGCAACUUAGUGACGAAAGUGAUGAAGAAAAAAAGCCAGGCUCACAGGCACAGGCUGCGGAUUCUGAACGGCGGAAGAGUUACGGUCCCAAGCGCUAUGCUUCCAUAAGCGCUCGCUACAAAGGGGGCCCUCCUAGUUCUGUUUCACAGAGCGCAGUUCACAAUAAAUCUCCUGCUAAGGUGUCCAUCUCUGGCUUGAGCAUAAGUGGUGCCCACUCCGGACAACCACAGCAGCAUUCUUCAAAGAGGGGAUGCCUACCUCCUAAGGCACCGCAUAGUGCAAAGGCUGACGCCUUGCUUCCAUGCAGACCUGCAUCUGCAAAGAAUCAGCCUGGUAACAACAAUAGAGCAAGGCUGCCUGUCAAAGAUGUGGUCUCAGAUGGGAAACACUCCCAUUCAGUCCUUGACGAAAAUAAUGGUGUCGAGCGCAACCAACAGCUUGAUGCUCAGCAGGCACUACAAGUGUCUUUGCACUCAAAGAAGAGGAGCCUGCUGAGUGUGCUGAGUGCUCCUGAUACCCCCCGGGGAGAUUUCUACAUUGAAAUAAAUCACAAGAAGUAUCACAUGCUGAACCUCAUUGGCUCGGGCGGAUCAAGCAAGGUGUUUAUGAUGUUCAACCACCGAAAGGAACUGUGUGCUGUCAAGCUGGUGAGCUUGGCAAAUGUGCAGUCAAGUGUGAUGAAGACUUACUUGCAAGAAGUGACUAUUCUCAGGACACUGCGGUCUUGUGACCGUGUGGUUCGUCUUUAUGACUGUGAGCUCAACACGGAGGACAAAGUGCUCGCCUUGGUGAUGGAAAAGGGUGACCAGGACCUUGCAACUGUGCUUAUGGACAGGAAAGAUGACCUCGGUCCAGUCACCAUCAAGUUCUACUGGUCGGAGAUGCUACUGGCUGUCAAGGAGAUACAUGACAAACGUGUGGUUCACUCGGACCUGAAGCCAGCCAACUUCCUCUUUGUGGCGGGGAAGCUGAAGUUGAUAGAUUUUGGCAUUGCUGCCACAAUGCAAGAGGAUGUUACUAGUGUCCACAAAGAGUCACCGAUGGGCACAUUGAACUUCAUGUCCCCAGAAUCCAUCAUGUACACCACUUGUAAAAAAGGAAAGGACUGCCUCAAGAUAGGUCUCAAGUCUGAUGUUUGGUCACUAGGAUGCAUUCUUUACUACCUUGUCUAUGGGCAGACUCCUUUCCAACAAAUCACUAAGAUUCAUGCCAAGCUGCUGGCCAUCACUGACAAAAAUCAUGUCAUUGAAUUCCCUGAAGUCUCUGACCCUCACCUUUUAGACGUUGUCAAGAAGUGCUUGCGCUUUGAACCAUCACAAAGACCUUCCAUAUCUGAUCUGCUAGCCCACCCGUAUCUUGCGGAAGAAGGGGUACCGUUGGCAGUCAAGGAGUGCAAGAACCCACAUCUCCAGUCACUGUUCAGUGAAAUCGAGAACUUGUCACCGGCAAGUGUGAACAAAAUGAAGGAGGUGCUGAAAACGCUGAAGAAGGACAAGCGAUGACUUCAUGGCACUGUGUGAGAUUUGCCAGGUUUUCUGUGAUGGCUUACAUUGUCGUAACACAUCUCAAUUGGCGGUAAAAAAAAAAAAAACACUGCAUGUACUUUCAGAAUUAUUUGUAACAUGACUUGAAUGUACCAUGUCUUGCAUUCAGAAAUUUAUUUUAUGUGUGUGUGUGCGUGUGUGUGUGUGUGUCACAGAAAGCUUUAUGAACAACCACAUCAUGGGACAUCCCAAGCAACAAAUGCAACAUGAGUCUGUAAUUUAAUUGUUUUUACCAUUUGACCAUGCAUAGUUGUGUUAUACAGCUUUCAUGACCUAAUUGUUUAGGGGACGGAGUGAUGUAUCAGAUGAAAAAUAAAAUGUUAGCUGUGGUUAUUA